AUGGGCGACAUCCACUACUUCCUUGGGAUCCAAGCUCAAUAUCAUGACCAUGGGCUGUUCGUUAAUCAGAGUGCAUAUGCUGAGGAAAUACUCCGUGAAGCUGGCAUGGAUACAACUAAUCCAAUGCCAACACAACUGCCAAGCCGUCUGGAUGCUGCGUUCAAAGAUACUGAACUCUUCUCUGCACCAAAAUACUUCAGAAGCAUCGCAGGAAGACUACAAUAUCUUACUCUAACGCGACCUGACAUCCAGUUCGCGGUAAACUUCGUCUGUCAACGAAUGCACGCUCCGACAGUCACUGACUUCACUCAUCUCAAAAGGAUUCUCUGCUACAUCAGAGGCACCAAAGCUUAUGACAUAUACUUAUAUAAAUGUAGUCCACUCUCACUUAUCGCAUAUAGUGAUAGUGACUGGGCGGGUUGUCGCGACACACGCCGCUCCACCACCGGUUUCUGUGCGUUACUAGGAUCGAGCCUGGUGUCCUGGUGUGCCAAGCGCCAAUCUACAGUCUCCAGGUCGUCCACGGAGGCGGAGUACAUGGCCUUAGCCUAG